AUGAUGUUUGUUUAUAAAAGAGACGGAAGAAAGGAAAAGGUUCAGUUUGACAAAAUCACUGCCAGACUGUCUCGCCUGUGUUAUGGCCUGGACCCUACCCAUGUUGAUGCAGCCAAAAUCACACAAAGUGUCAUUACUGGUGUUUACCAAGGUGUCACCACUGUUGAGCUUGAUAAUCUUGCUGCUGAGACAGCUGCUUACAUGACGACACAGCAUCCAGACUAUGCAAUUCUUGCUGCACGCAUUGCCAUUUCUAAUCUUCACAAGCAGACUAAGAAGCAGUUUUCUCAAGUUGUUUAUGAUUUGUAUCACUACAUCAAUCCUAAGAAUGGAAAGCUGUCACCUAUGAUUUCUGAGGAAGUCUACAAGGUGGUUCAAGAGCAUGAGGACGAGCUUAACUCGGCCAUUGUCUACGACCGAGACUUUUCAUACAACUACUUUGGUUUCAAGACCCUGGAGCGAUCAUAUCUGCUGCGUAUUAAUGGCAAGGUUGCUGAGCGCCCACAACACAUGAUUAUGCGUGUCGCUGUGGGAAUCCACGGGUCUAACAUUGAGAAGGCAAUUGAGACUUACAACUUUAUGUCGCUCAAGUACUUUACCCACGCUUCUCCUACGCUUUAUAACUCUGGUACUCCCAAGCCCCAAAUGUCGUCGUGCUUUUUGAUCAACAUGAAGGAUGACUCGAUUGAUGGCAUUUAUGACACCCUCAAGACAUGUGCGCUUAUUUCCAAGUCUGCAGGCGGCAUUGGCUUGAGCAUCCACAAUAUCCGUGCGACUGGGUCGUACAUUGCUGGCACCAACGGUACAUCCAAUGGUGUUGUGCCAAUGCUGCGUGUAUUUAACAAUACGGCGCGUUAUGUUGAUCAGGGUGGCAACAAGCGUCCUGGUGCAUUUGCUGUUUACCUUGAGCCCUGGCAUGAUGAUGUGUUUGAGUUUAUUGAGUUACGCAAGAACCAUGGUAAGGAAGAAGUGCGCGCACGCGACUUGUUUUAUGCCCUCUGGAUUCCUGACUUGUUUAUGAAGCGUGUUGAGGCUAACCAGGAUUGGACUUUGAUGUGUCCCAAUGAAUGCCCCGGUCUUGAUGACGUUUGGGGUGAGAAGUUUGAAGCGCUUUAUGAAAAGUAUGAGCGCGAGGGUCGUGGUCGUCGCACAGUCAAGGCUCAAAAGCUGUGGUAUGCCAUUUUGGAAGCCCAGACUGAGACUGGUAAUCCAUUUAUGUUGUACAAGGAUUCGUGCAACCGCAAGUCAAACCAGCAGAACCUGGGAACCAUCAAGUCAUCGAAUUUGUGUUGCGAAAUUGUGGAGUACUCGUCUCCAGACGAGGUUGCUGUGUGCAAUCUGGCAUCAAUUGCUCUGCCAACCUAUGUGGAGCGCAAUGACGAAGACUCAUGGUAUGAUUUUGAGAAGCUGCACGAAGUGACUAAGAUUGUGGUGCGCAACUUGAAUCAGAUUAUUGACCGCAACUUUUACCCGGUUCCUGAGGCUAAGAAAUCUAACAUGCGUCAUCGUCCUAUUGCUGUGGGUGUUCAAGGUCUUGCUGAUACCUUUAUGUCUCUGCGGCUGCCGUUUGAUUCUCCUGAAGCUAAGCAGUUGAAUAUCCAAAUCUUUGAGACCAUUUACCAUGCUGCUGUUGAAUCAUCGAUUGAGCUUGCUCGUGAACAAGGCACUUAUGAAUCGUACGAAGGGUCGCCUGCUUCUAAGGGUCUUUUGCAAUACGAUCUUUGGGAUGUUACUCCUACUGAUUUGUGGGAUUGGACUGAACUUAAGGAUAACUUGAAGAAGUAUGGUCUACGCAAUUCGUUAUUGGUUGCACCCAUGCCAACUGCUUCGACUUCUCAGAUUCUCGGAUUCAAUGAGUGCUUUGAGCCUUACACUUCUAACAUUUACUCUCGAAGAGUGCUUGCUGGCGAGUUUCAGAUUGUGAAUCAAUGGCUUUUGCGGGAUCUUGUUGAGAUGGGACUUUGGGAUGAGGACAUGAAGAAUCGUAUUAUUGCCAAUAAUGGUUCGAUUCAGGGCAUUUCUACUAUUCCAGAUGAUCUUAAGGCUCUGUAUAAGACUGUAUGGGAACUUUCGCAAAAGACCAUUAUUGAUAUGGCAGCAGAUCGGUCACCAUUUAUUGAUCAGUCACAAUCACUCAACAUUUAUAUUCAAUCGCCAACCAUGGGCAAACUUACAUCCAUGCACUUUUACGGCUGGAAGAAGGGGCUUAAGACUGGUAUGUAUUAUCUUCGUACUAUGGCAGCCUCUGCACCCAUUCAGUUUACUGUGGAUCAAGAGAAGCUUAAACAGGAGAUUGCUCAACGAGGCGUUGCUCGUGCACUUGAUAGAAAGCCAUACCGUCAUGUGGCGCGUGUUGGUAAGCGUCCAGAGCCCACAUCUGUGGUAACAGUUGUGGAGGAAACUACAGUGUCAGUUUCAUCAUCGCCAGCUGCCAAGGUGACGGAGAUUGAUGAACUAACAGUACAAUUGGGCCAGUCUGGAUUGACUUCAACAGGUGAGAGCGAGAUUGAUAUUUAUAACUCAAAGGUUAUUGCUUGUUCUAUCAACAAUCCUGAGUCUUGUGAAAUGUGCUCUGGUUAG